AUGUCAAAGAAUGAUAAUAAUGCACAAGCAACGAUAUCUCUUGAACGGUCAUCGAGAGAGGAGUUGGUCGAUUUCAUAAAGAAACAGGCACUACAUAUUAAGAAACUUGAGAACGUCUGUCAGAAGCUAAAGAAAGACAAUGCAGAGACCACUGCAAAGAUGAACAAUCUCGAUGAGGAGAAGACUCAACAGAAACAAAUGUCCAUCAAUAUCAUCAAUGGCAUGCAAGAGGAGAUCAACACACUCAAGCGUGAACGUGAGCAACUCGACGAGCAAACAGAAGCGAGAUUCCAAAUGGAGAGAAACAUCUACAUCGAAGAGAGCAAGAACCUGCAAGCCAAACUAUUGGAUCAUCAAUCGAAACUACAACAACAACAAACCAUUAUAGAUAAUCUAAAGAACGCAACUAGCAGUAUGAAAGAGAACAGUGAUAAUCUAUCUGCUGUAAUCAAAGAGAAUGAUAAUCUACAAUUGAAACUAGUAGAGUUACAAUCAAUAAUUGAUCAACUGAACAUAGAAAAGAAAGAGAAUAAUAGUAAUAAUAAUAAUGAACAAGAAAAAGUAAAAGUAAAGGAGGUCGAAGAAGAAGAUGAUGAUGAUGAUGAAGAAGAGGAGGAGGAGAAUGAAGUUCAAAUUAUGGAAAGAAGAAAUAAGAUGAUGGAGGAAUACAAGAGAUUAUCAAAGGAGAAGGAGAAGGAACAGGAGGAGAAGGAACAAGAGUUAAAUGAACGAUUGGCAGAGAUUAAUAAAGAUUAUAUGAGUGAUUACUCAAAGUUUAUGGAGGAGAAGGAGAACACCAUUGAGUUCCUCAAUUCACAGAGAGUCGAGAUCGAACAGCUACUUCAGCAAUACUCAAAGGAGAUGGACGAGUUGAAGCUGGAGGUGUCAUCGAAAUCAGAGGAGAUAGCAACGCUCACACAACGACGUGAUACCAAUCAGAGUGACAUAGUCAAGCUGAGAGAUGACAUCGAGAAGCUAAACGAACAACUAACCGAUAGGGAUACCAUAAUCAAGCGAUUGGAGGUAGAUGCCAACGAUCAACAACAAUCACAUAAGCUAGAGAUAGAUACAAUGAACAAUGAAAUUAUCAAAUUACAAUCUGAAUUGAAAGAACAACAACAGCAACAAGAACAACAGCAUCUUCAACAACAGCAACAACAGGAUGGUAAUCAACAAGAUCAAGAUGAUAAUAUUGAUAAUGAUAGAAUAAUAAGGUUGGAAGAAGAGUUGAAAGAAAAGAAUAGUCAAUUGGUUAGAUUAGAGAGUGAAGUGGUGAAGUUGGAUGAUUUGAAUUUGAAGGUGUCAGAGUUGGAUACAGAGAUAAAGCAUAAAGAUGGUGAAAUUACUAGACUUUUAGAAGAGAUUUCUUUGAAAUCAGAAGAUAUCAAGAAAUUACAUCAGGAGAUUGAAAAUCAAAAUAAUUCAAUUCAACAACAACAACAACAACAGCAACAACAAGAUAAUAAUAAUAAUAAUACAAUUACCAAUCAAUUGAUAGAGAAAGAUAAUGAGAUAGAGAGAAUCAACAGUUUGAUAGCGAAUAAAGAUGAAGAGUUACAAAGAGUUAAUAAUCAGCUGGAUGAAAAGUCAGGUCUAUUGGAGAUUAGAGAUAAGGAGAUCGUUACACUGACUAUCUGUGUCAAUGAAUCAAAAGCAUUGAUAGAGAAAACACUGGAAUCAUGUAAAGUAGAGAUACUGGAGAAGGAGAAUGCUCUUCAGGCAACAACAGCAGAGUUGUCAGAGAUUCGCGUGGAGUUGGAACAAAAGACAUCGGAGAUCGAGCAGAUGCAGCGGGAUUUGGGUGAGAAAGACAAUGCAAUUCGUUCACAGUCAAAUAAGAACGAUAUUAAAGUGGAGGAUGAGAAGCGAUUGAACGAGAAGGUUUUGAAGCUGAAGAAUCUGUUGGUCGCAGCACAGAAGCAUGUUUCCGAUCUGAAGAAACAGAUCGCCGACAAGACACAGGAGUUGCAAGACAAGACCGGUGAGCUGGCUGUUGCAACGGAUCGCGUCAAACAACUCGAGUCGAACCGAGACGAAGUGGAGUCGAAUCACAGUGAGUACUUGGAGAUGAAGCGUAACUACAGUUUCAACUUACAGAGAAUUCAGUUUUUGGAUGGUCAGUUGUCAAGCGCCACUCAGUCGCUGAAAGCGAUACAGGAGGAGUUUGACGACUACAAGGUUAAGGUUCAUCACGCUCUCAAGCAACAACAGAGCACUGAGCAAGUGGAGCAAGAUGGAGACGACGAUCAACAGCAGUCAGCUGCCAAUGCAGCAGCAGAGAUGGAAGCUGCACUCGCCAAACAACAACAGCAUUUCCAAACUGAAAAAGAGCAAGAUAGAGAAACCAUUAUCAAGUUGGAAGCAUCCAUUUCCACUAUUCAAAGAGAGUCGUUGGUUGAACUGGAAAAACUUCAAUCUGAACUCUCAGAGAAACAAGAAAAGAUCGAUCAAUUAUCUUUACAGAUAACAGAGCUUUCUCAAACUGUUCAACAACUAAAUGAUCGACUUGAUUCAACAACUGUAUCUUCAGAUUCAAACAACGAUUCUCAAUCACAACAACAACAAACAAAUGACCUUGAGAAAGAACUGAAACUAAGGGAGGAAAGAAUCAUAGAAAUUCAAUCACAACUAAACUUUUUCAAGAGAAACAAUAAUAGUUUAAUGAGAGAAAAAGAUAGAUUAAUUGAAGAACAAAGACAAUCUAUUAGUAAACUAAAAGAAGAAUUGGAAACAUUAAAACUAAAUAAUAAUAAUAAUAAUAAUAAUGAGAAACCAAAAUUACAAUCACCUAUACAACCAUUAAACUCAACAGUAAAUACACCACAGCUUAUUGAAAAUGAGUCAUCACAGUCAAUAGAUAUUGAACAGGGUAACAAUUUCAGUAUUGAACAUCUUUUGCCAACAACCAAUACCACACCAAAAGAGGACAGUUUCAAAUCUAUAGAACUACCACAAUCACUUCCACUUGAAGUUGAAAAAAUUCUACAUAGUUAUGCAAGAACACAAGCAAAUAGAGAUGAAGAGUUAAGAAAAUCAAAGAUUCAAAUUGAUCAAUUGAAAAUGUUAUUAAAUGAAAGUGAUAGAAUGGAACAAAAACACUUUGAACAAGAAAAGUUAUUAAAAGAAGAAAUUAGAAAUUUAGAGAGAUGUAAAACAAGAGAAGGUUCUAAUUUAGAGUAUUUUAUAGAGAAAGAUGAUGAAUCAUUAAUUCCUGUAUUAUCAACAUUGAUGCAAUUUACACCCGACGAAUUAAAUAGAGCGACAACUGCUCAAAAAUCAAAGAAAUCUAAUGGUAGUCUAUGGGGUUGGGGUUCUUCCUAUUUUACACCUACCAAAUAA